AUGGCGGUGAAAGCCAUAGGUGCGGAGAAGUUGAUGCCUGUGCAAACGCUCGCCGGUCCCGCCAUCGGUGGUGCUGCAACGGCCUUCAGUAAGAACAUAAUGGACAUCUUUGAGCCUGACGCUCGCGACGCAACCUGCGGCGGCGAGCCUUCUUCGACUGUCUGCGGCUUUGUUGCUGUUGAAGCUCCUGCUAGCUCCGUCGUGUCUGAGCAAGCUCCAGCCACUGCUUCGACUCACGCAUCUUCUGCGCAGCAGAUCGACGUGAUUAAGGCCACCUCGAGCAUUAGCACUCAGACAUCCUACGACCUCUACGCCGGAGACAUCUACCUUGGCUCAUCCGCUGACCUUGCCCGUGCUCAAUCCAACGAGACUGCUAAGGAUGAGACUACUUCCGAGGCAACUGACACCAGCCAUCACGAGUCUGCCGCCACCCUUGAAGAACCUGCCACUACCGUCCAAGAGCCGGUAGCUGUUGCGCAGGAAUCUGCCGCUCUUGUGCAGCAAUCUGCAACUACCGCUCAAACGUCUGUUGCACAAGAGACGCCUGAAUCUACACUGCCGUCUCAAUCAACUUCAUCGGAGGCGUCCAAAUCUUCGAGUCCGUCUUCAACUGCCUCAUCUGGCUCAUCAAUCCAACAGAUCCUUGAUGCGAUUCCUUUCAGCGAUUAUCACCCAGACCGUAGUAUCAUGGCCUUGCGUGACGGUGAGCUCUUCUUCCAAAAUGGUGUCGAAGAGGCGGGGAAAGCGAAGGAUGGCAUGUUCGACGGCGCAACGGAGCUAAAUUGGAAGAUCGGUUUGCGAAAAAUUCUCAUCUCCUCUGCUAUCAGGGAGAAAGAGAACAAUGAUUGGAAUGAGGCGACCCGCCUAUCGUGGGCUUUUCCAGCCGGCGUGGUCCACUCAAAGAACGGCAUGGAUCCACGCAUCUGCGACGACCUUCAAGGCUCACCGGCGAAGUUGGAUACCCAGGCCGACUUGCAAGAUGCUAUCGAAGCAUGGCGCGAUACAGUAGAUGGCUGGGCUGACGGCUACGGCUCCACUAUCGGAGAACCUGAAGACUUCGACGGCAUCGACAACAACGCAUACCACGAUUACUUCCCCGACGUGCCGCGCAAGGUUGUUUACCACAGCACCGCUGUUCAGACCCAAAUGAUCACGACCCCUCUGCUAUAUGAGAAAAUGUAUGGUAGGGAGCCGACUAAAGUUGAGUUGCGCCAAAUACUCCGCACCAUAGGUGCACCUGAAUACGUGGAUCAGUCCGAGCUUUGGUACGGUAAACCUUUUCUCAAGUCAAGCGGCUCAUAUCCGGAUGUCCAAGCCGAAACCCAAGACAGCGGUUUCCAAGCAAUGGACUUUGAGAUCCGCGAAGCGAACAUACUCAAAGCAAAAGCGAAGGCUGGAAUCACAGCCACCAAGCUCAACAAACUCUCACUCGAGCGGCAAAAUGGUAUACGAGUGUAUGGAGAACCGUCGAAUGAUAGCAUUGUGCAUUCGCAGCAAUUCACCGCCCUUCGUGCCAUCGUCGAUAAAGCCGGCACCGUACAGAGCUAUGGCUCUUUUACACCGAUGAUUCACAACGUCGUCUAUGAGGUCAUCGCGGAGAAGCCAGUCACCACGGUCGCUAAGGCCUCAUCCACCGUUACUAAGACCUCAUCUACCGUCGCUAAGACCUCAUCCACCGUCGCCAAGGCCUCAUCAACUGUCGCCAAGGCACCAUCCACGACGCUUGCUCCCUCUGCUCCGCCUCAGUCUUCGACUAGCAAAGCGAAGGUAGAGAACCCCAAAAUGAUCUCAUCAUAUUGCCGCUCUCCGUCGCCCGGUCCCUACGACGAAGCCCAGAUCAAGGACCCCGAGAUGUUCGAGAACGGAUGGCCGAGCAACAUGUUCCCACUUCAAGAAGUAGAUGGCACAUAUUCGGAGGACGUGAUCAAAGACUUCGUCAUCCCGGAUCCCGGCCGCUUCCACAAGACAGUACCCCAGCAUGCGCCUACCGCAGUCGACCCAGCUAAGUCAGCCACUGGUACCAGCGUCCCAGUCCUGAAACAGAAGAAACACGAUAUCUCUGUUGCAAAUGCAUCACCCCGUGCUCCAGCCACCGUGCAGGAGCCGUCUAUCACACAGAAGAAACACGAUAUCCCCGUUGCCAAUGAAGCACCUCGUGAUCCAAUCUCAGUACAGAAACCGUCUAUCACACAACAGAUCCCGCACACCCCAAGCCAGCAAGAAGGCCAAGGGGAAAGCAAGAAGCGAAGCGUGGGCGAGCUGUCGGAUGAGGGAUACAAGUCUCACUCCUCUUGGUCAGCCUCCAAGCGCCAGAAGCAUGCAGAGAACACCGCCGCGGCGUCCUCGCAUUUCUCAACGCCCUAUGAUACACCCUUGUCUUCCGACGAUCUGAAGGUUGCGACUGCUACACCUACUGCUUCCGAUCCUUUGAAGAUUGCGACAGCUACAUCUAAUGCUUCCAGCAAGCGGAAGCGCGACGCAUCUCCUCUCAAAGAGUCAGCCGACGCAACCGAGCAGCCCAACUCAAAGCGUCUCAAGGCCCUACCUACCCCCACACCUAUCACGCGUCGCCUACCACCUACCGAGGCAACACUCAAGGUCAUCCCGCCGCCAAAGGGCAUGUUGAAGAUCAAGACCGCCGUGAACCAGAAAAAGGCUCUGCAUACCGGCCGACCUACCACUCAGAAGGCCCCCAUUGGCAAUAGCGACAGGAAGCCUGAGAAGACUCAGCAGCAAGAGUCCGUUCGGGAAAUCCAGCAGCCUCCUCAGCAUCCGCCUGUUGUCGAGUCUUCGCUAGCUCCGGCAACGCCAUCUCGUCCUGGCUGGGCAAAUCGCAAGCCCACAUCCAAUCGAGACAAGAAGGAAAAUCCCAACCGCUGGCGCAACGGUCUUGGUGCGGUCGGCCUCGGCUCCCGUUACGAGCCAUACAACGCUGGAAACAGGGGCAGCCGUCGUAACUAG